AUGCGGCCCCUGGACGCGGUGGAGCUGGCGGAGCCGGAGGAGGUGGAGGUGCUGGAGCCCGAGGAGGACUUCGAGCAGUUCCUGCUGCCCGUCAUCCACGAGAUGCGCGAGGACAUCGCGGCGCUGACGCGCGAGCGCGGGCGCGCCUACCUGCGCCACCGGGGCAAGCUGUGGGCCGUGGACCACGUGCUGGGGCGGCUGCAGGCGCAGGUGGAGGCGGCGGAGGAGAGCGCGCUCAACCACCUGCCCGGCGCGGCCGGCGCCGCCGAGGCCCGCGCGGCGCGGCGCGGCGACAAGGCCGACGAGAAGGCCAAGGAGAUCGCGAAGAUGGCCGAGAUGCUGGUGGCGCUGGUGCGGCGGCUAGAGAAGGGCGAGUCGUCCUGA